CCCCCCCCCCCCCCCCCCCCCUUUUCGCCACUCACUCAACCCUCGACUCCGCGGGCUGAGCCAUAUCCCAGUUCCCAUCCGCUUUGCGCUUUUGGACCCAGUGCAAGGACAACCUGAACCAACUCUUCUCCUCUUUCCACGGGCUACGGCAUCUUGUCCGACCACCACCGGCCACCAUUCCUGCCGAAACUUCUUGGUUUGUUGCCGUUCCCAUGAGCGCUUUUCUCCGGCCGCAACGGGGGGCGACGGAGGAACGGCACCAGCCAGCAAUGUCACCAGCAACGGCCAGCCACACGGCACCAACCCUACCGAGUGACAUCAACGUGCUUGGCUCAAGUACUACCUACCUCAAGUACUGCCUACCUACUCGCCGUUCGAGAAAUGCGACGAGCGAGAGACGCAAAUUCAUCCACUGACGCAAUGCAAUCCCUUCUUCGUGUUUGCUACCGAGCCCACUAGAGCCAGCAGCACACGCUGCCUCGCGGCUCUUGCGCGUUUCCUUCGAAAACGUCGAUAUCAUGCCAACCUGUUAAAUGAUAUGCGUGUCGGGUCGAUCCCGGAAACACGAACGGGCCAGACACCAGCCGGCUGGGCAGCCUUGAUGAACGUCAUCAAACAUGCCCGGCCAGCGGCGUCGCUUCACUAUGGCGUACCUCGACGCCUCGAGCUCGAUAGGCGAGCUCGCCCAAUAUCCCAUCCAUGUGCGCGCCGGUGCUUGUCUGGCACACUGGCACCGAGACGGAAAGAUGCAUGAUGGUAUCUGUGCGACACCGAUCCUGGGACUCUUUUCGUUUGCCCCAUUCGACCUCACGGCCUUAGCGUCGGUUGCCCAUGUGCCAAACCUCUUUCGGCCGCCCUAUCAACCCUCAUCGGCGCUAUUUUGCGAGAAAAUCUCACAUCUUUCCGCACCCACAUGUUGGCUGGCCCCCUCCAUCCCCACGGUACCAUUGAUAGAUCGCCUUCUCUUGGACCCCUGCUUGGCUGACGAGGGAAAUUGGCCAGCUGUGCUCUGACUAGACAAGACAUACAGGCAGAGCCUGCCUAACCCAUUGACAAAGCCGUCCGCCUGGGCCUACGCUGCCAGUGGUGUAGUCGACUCACACGCUGCCACAAUGUAUUCUAUCCGUACGACAAUCGACGUGGUCACCACUCGCAAUCGCACCGUCGACGCCUUUGUUUUUUCUUCUCCCCCCCCCCCCGUUUUGUUUUCCAACCGUCUCCUCGCGUCAGCAUGCUCCUGAGUCCUGACGCGCCCCGGUCGGGAAUGCAAACCGCGCCCGCGCCCCGCGAACAGGAACCCAAAGCACGACGGCUUCACCUGCCAGAGCGCACUAGCUGCCCGAUGGGUGCCAAAUGCAAUCUUCGGCGGCAUCUGCUCUGCACACCUCUUCCCUGUCCAGCUGGACCUGCUGCACCUCUUGCAGAUUCCUCGUCGUGUGCUCCUCCCAAGUGCGCGCUUCCCAGCUGAAGAGGUCGCGUUUCGGCCGGCCCAGACCCCCGCCAUACCGCUCUCGAAUCCUUGACUCCCCUUCAUCAAAUAUCCCGGACGACUUCGCCUCAAUUCCGGACCUCUCCGUUGAGAAAUGAGAUAACGCGGACCCUAGCCGCCGUUCUAAACUUUUUUUUUUUCUUUACCCUUCUCACCCGAAACACCACCAUCGGCGAUACUGACCCAUUGCACUCGCCGGUCAACGGUCGCGGGUCCCCCCCCCCCCCCUCUCUCUGCCCCCCGGAGACCGCUAACUGACAUCUCCAAUGAGGGAGUAGGCAGGUUGGCACUUGGAGAGAUUACCACGGGGCCAGUCCUCCUCGCCCUUGGCUUGGCGGCCGUCGUGAAGGUGCAUUCUAUUCAGACCGAUCCGUCGCCUCGCCUUACCUCACCUACCAUGCGCAAGCAGGUAAUGGGCAUGUGACAUCCCUAGAGGGGCGUCGUAAAUUUUGCCAAGACAUGCGAAUAUGGCCAUGGAGUUGCUCGUUUGAGCGGCCUGCACAAUCUCGCCAAUUUAGAAGCUUAGGGCUCUGCUCCACGCCACGCCUCUCUCCCUUUGCAUGGGAUGGAUGAAUGGAUGGAUGGAUGGAUGGAUGGGGCCUGACUCUCGGUCCGACCGGCCAGUUUUGGAGUUGUGCUUUACUCAAGAGAUCCUCAAUCCUCAUUGUUGUCUUGUACUCGGACGAAGACAAAGACAAGUGGGAGGGAUACUCUCUCUGUCUCUGUAAGAGAGAAGAAGGCCGCGCUGGUUGUGCAACAUGAUCCCGACGCAUUGAUGGUGCUCCAACUCGAAUCUCGUUGCGUUCCCAUGAUUCGAGCCUUUCCCAGGCAAGCACCAACGGUUGCGCUAUACCAUUCAACGACUCGAAUGGGCCAGUACCAUUGUUCUCACAAAUAGAAAAGCAAGCAAGCAAAGCAAACAAGUUUCUUGCUUGUUGUCGUUGCGCGAUCGAGUCUUUGUCUAUGCUGACGGUGUUGCAUCCACCGCUGGAAGCAUCGUGGCACCUCCACGAUGAGGACGGAGGCAACAUGUAUUCGCCGCAUCCCUCGAGACCGACAGCAGUGAUAAAACCCAAGCUCCCUCGAAUAUGUCUUUCUCUCGCCGGUGUCGUAUAGAGCUUGUUCUCCUCGACCGCAUUCAUCGGCCACGCGUUCUCGCUGUUGGCUUUGACCUGUUCCACAAGCGCUGAUAUCGGUUGUUGUUUUGUGUCACCAUGUCUUCUUCACUAGAUUCCACGAGCCUAGAGCCUGCUCGAGGCCACAUCGACAACACCCCGUACGCCGGCGCCUAUCAAUCUCGCUUCACCGCAGAGGUUCUCCAUCCGGACGGUAGCCACGGCUCCAGCCACCCUUCUGCCGUCGGGCUGGACAUCCAUCUCCUGCGUCACGUCAACUGCGGCUACCUCUCGACGCAUGGGCGUGCGCCGACGCUGCUCGCUCUCAAGCAGCAUGCCCAGGCGCUGGCCAUUCUCAUAGCCAAGCUGGCGCCUACGACCGAGUAUGCCGAGGUCAACAACCAGAACAACGUCCGCGGGCGCAUCAAGAAAUCCUUCAGGGACAACGAAGCGUUCGACUGGCUCAACGACCUGAGUCACACGUACCAGAACGACGACGAGUGGCAUUACAAACCGCUCAGCGACCUCAUGAACCAGAUCCGGCACCAGUCCGAUACCCAGGACAUCAUUCACCACUGCCCCCUGCAAUCAUUCGAGGAAGACAGGGAGAAGAGGACGAAGCCACGGCCAUACGCGUCCCACGGCGUCCUGGCGCUCCACGCGAACGAGUGCCUCGAAAUGCUGGACCACGAGUACAGUGCCACAGGAGGCCUCAUGUCGCUACUGCCAACCGACGCCGAGACGGACUCGGAGGAGAUGAGCGCCGUCCGCAACAGCAUCUUGGGGCAAUGGCUGCUGUUCAACCAACACCUCGUGGCGCGCAUGCACGACCUCGAGCUGGGGUACGCCAACGCUCUCGACGUGACGGCCGGCGAGGCAGCCGUGCCGAUGCAGAUGGUCUCCAAGAUGGGGCCGGACGCCGCGUCGUCCGGGCGCGAGGUCGCGUACCCGCAGGACAAGUGGGUGCUCGCCAACGCGGGCGACGACGUGUUUGACCACCUGCACCGGGUGCUCGACCGGGAAGAGGCGCAGAUGGAGUUCAAGAGGGAGAUCUGGACGGCCAACGGCACGUACGGCGAGCGCAUGUGGAACGAGCAGCGCGGCGGCGACCUCUACGCGCGCGGGCUCGUCUUCUACGACGUCAAGACGCGCUACUACCGGCUGCAGGGAAAGGGCCGCAGCACCAUCUUCAUCCUGCCGGCACACGGGGUGCACCCGGCGGUGCAGGAGACGCGCAGGCUCGAGGUGACGCCGACGGUGGUGUCGGUGGUGACGCCCAUGUUCCCGGCGCGCGUGUCGGACUGGGAGAGCAAGUACAAGGACAAGCUGGACGAGGCGACGCGGACGGAGAUCCAGAACCACCGGCUCGUGACGCUGACGCAGACCAUGACGGAGCAGAACGAGACGCUCGCAACGGCGCUGGCCAAGGAGCAGAUGACGAACGCGCAGUUCGAGAAGCACUACGGCACGGCCGAGUCGAGGGACGGGCCGCGGCGCCUCGAGAAGGCCGUGGCCACCCUUGAGGCCGACCUGGGGAAGAAGACGGAGGAGCUGCGGGCGUUAAAGACGGAGGUGGCGGAGGGCCUGAAGAAGGUGCCGGCCGUGUAUCAUGGGCUGUUCCCGGUGCCACCGGCCGCGGUGGAGGGGACAACGGGAGGCUCCACGCGGGCACCCAGGGGAGGCCGGUCUGCGAUUGUCGUUGACUGAGGGGGGAAGGGUGGUGGGCGGCAUCUGUGGAUGUGAAAAAUUGGUGUUGCUUUGACUUGCUCGCGAUGCGUAGUGCCUUGUGUUAACAGCGAACGGAUUGCGGCCAUGUUAGACGAUGGGCGUCCUAGGAGGACAAACAGAGCAACCGCUGCGAGAAACGAGUCGAAUAAUUCAAACGGUUCGGUUCACAUUGUGUACGACGUCCAACAUGUGAUUCCAGGUCGUUUCUUGUGGUCAGACAAACACACAGCCAGCCGGUCACCCAGUCAGUAAUGAUGCAUGUACAGUUAGUAGUAGUAGUAGUAGUGAUGGUGGUGGUAGUAGUGGCAUCCGUAGUUCCACGCUAGUGUCACAAAGGAUGAAUUUGUACGACGGCGGUAAAGUGCGUAUCCGUAGUGACUGACCAACUGACCGACUGACUGACCGAC